AUGAAGGGUAUCACUACCUACUCUCUCUCUCAGAACCGUCAGCGACCCGCAGCUGGCAUGCUCUACAAUGCCUUCUUCAACACCUACAGACGAGCCAAGGCACAGGUCCUCUACGUUCUCCCCCCAUUCAUUGCUGCCUACGCUCUCAUGGACUGGGCCACCAAGAAACUAUGGGUAUUUGUGUACCGAGUGAGUGAUGCUGAUGAUGAAUACAGGAACGAGUAUCUCAUGUCCAAGCCAGGCCGUCUUGCCCACGGUGGUGAUGACGAGUAA